UCCACUGACGACCACGAGUGGUGUUGAAUCGACAAGUGCAAACAUGUACUGUGAUAUAGUUAGGCUCAAUUGAACUGUGAAUUGCUUUCUGCCCAGAAGUGUUCAACAUGCUGCAGCCUGAGGCAGGGAAUGGCUGGUCGCUCCUGCCUGAUGGAGGAAUGAAUCUCUCCCUCUGUUUCCCUCUUCGCAAGCCAUCUGAUGUUGUGACCUCUCAACAGAACCCAUUCCUCACCUGCGAAAAUCAAUAUGACCGAAAGCCACCCCUGCUGGGACUGGAUGAUAGUACUUACGAGUACCCACCACUAUGCCAGAGAUCGCUUGUUCUUCAAGGACUACGUUCCAGUCGGAAUCAGGUCUCCCGCUUCCCCGUUUGGAGAGGAGGAUCUAGACAUCGCCGGGAUGGGCACCGUGGAACUCCUUGUGCACACAGGUCCCGAGAGCACUUCUACUACUAGGACUCUGGUGCUCAAAAAUGUUCUGCAUAUUCCUAACGCUCUCUGCAAUGGUUUCAAUGGUUUGCAGUACUCUCAGGUUAAUGGCGGUGGCGGGCUGACCUUCGGAUCUUUAACUCGCCAAGGAACAGAUAGAGAUGGAUCUCCUCUCUGGUAUGCCAAGCCAUUCCAUGGAUUCAGUCGGCUUGUCAUCGCGGGAAAUCCAGAGGGGAAGUCCUAUCUCGAAGACGGAUUGAUAUCGCUCAGUAUCUUUGUCGAUGAAACAAGGUUGCCACAGAUCGUGCGGCCCAGAGCUAGAGAUCGCGCCGAAGAGACUUCAUCCAACUUCAGAUGUACCAAGGGAACAGUCUUUCCCCAUAUGUACCUGGAAUUCUGAUUUUACGAGAACUAUUGACAACCCGAGCAUGUCAUAUUAUCGCAUUAAAAUAGCAAUACAAG